AUGUCUUCUACCUUCAAAGACACACUUUCGAAACUGGACUCGAUCCAGCCAGAGACCUUUGACAAUGAUGCGGAGCGCUAUGCGGCCAAAGAAGCCGCACGUCGACUUCUGGCUCGCCUCGAGACCCCCUUCGAACGCAGCUGGGCUUUAUCGUUUGAGAAUCCAGUGCUCAUAUCCGGCGUGCAGAUCUGCUCAGAUCUCGGAAUUUGGACUAAAUGGACAGAAGUAAACAAGCAGAACGGAGGGGCGGCACAGACGCUGGACGACAUAUUGGGCAUGUGCAAUGUCACGGUUAACCGGAACCUUCUCAGACGGUUUCUGAAACAUAUAUCUGCCCUGUACCUGCUUGAAGAAACCGGCAUAGACAUGUGGAAACCCACCCCGUUCUCGCUGGCCAUGGGGGACAGCGCAACCUACAUUGGCCAGACGAUGUUGUGUGGGAUUCACCACACAAUCCCUGGAGGGAUACGCCUGGCAAAGUUCUUGAAGAAGAUCAAAUACGAGGAGCCCCUAGACAAGACCAAGUUUGACAACUACGCCGACCUAGUCGGUGAAGAUUUCUUUGACCACUGCCAGAACGAUCCCAUCGCGGGUGGUAGCUUCAUCGGGCUCAUGACGGCGCUGCAAAACUACAAGAUGGACUGGACUGAUGUUUUCGACACCCGCAAGCUAGUCGAAGGGACGGACCUGCGAAGCGGCCCCUUAUUCGUCGACGUAGGAGGUGCCCACGGCCUGGACACAGCUCGCUUGCUGGCACGUCACGAAGAUCUGCCUUCCGAUGUGCUCAUUGUCCAGGAUCUGCCUGAAGUCGUUUCAACGCAUGCCAAGGAGCAGCUCGACGGACGCAUCAAGCGAAUGGCGCAUGACUUCUUCACAGCCCAGCCGGUUGUGGGCAGUAGGGCAUAUUUCUUCCACGCUGUGCCUCAUGACUGGCCUGACGCCGAUUGCUUGCGCAUUUUUGGCCAUGUCAAGGCUGCGAUGAAGAAGGGGUAUUCCAAGUUGUUGAUUUACGAGGUGGUGCUGCCAGCGCAGGGUGCGACAAACUUGAUGACGACUCUCGACUUGCAGCUGAUGAGCACUGUAUCGGGACUAGAGAGGACAGAAGAGCAUUGGACAACCUUGCUGGGUCAAGCUGGGUUCAAGAUCAUCAGCGUAUUGAGACAUCCAAGGGCGGUGGAGAGUGUGAUUGAAGCUGAACUGGUGUAA